GGAAAUGCUGCUCUCUCUCUGCAGCUUCACAUCAGCAGCUCAACACCCAGGACAGACUCAAAAAGACAGACAGACAGACAGGCUGCUGAACAAGUUAAACCUUGUACCAAACCUCCACGGCACGUUUGAGGUUUUUAUGUAAACGAAGAAGGCGUGUCUGAGGGACAAAAAAACCUCCCAGUUUUUCUCAUUUUACCGCUGGGAAUUAACCCGAGCAGGUUGUCUCACAUCGGUCUCUCUAAACUGGUGACAUGUCAAGGUCAGACUACCCUCCAGGGUACGAUGACUCCCGGGGCCCACUAUACCAGCCUCAGGGUGGAAAUUACCCACAACCCCCAGCAUAUGGCUUCCCUUCCUAUGGUGGUCCACAACCAGGCCAGCCAGCUGCACCUUACCCCACUGGUCCAAAUGCCCCCCUGUACCCAGGCCAGCCUGGACCAUACCCAGGCCAGCCCGGCCCGUACCCAGGACAGCCUGGCCCAUACCCAGGACAGCCUCAUCCUGGCGCUGGCUACCCACAACCCCCUCCUAUGCCGCCCGUCGUCCCACCGACCAUCCCGUCAGACGUCCUGAGCUCUGGUGACGAGUUUGCUGCGAGCGGUAGCGGCUGGGACAGUAUGAGCAUUCGACACACCUUCAUCAGGAAGGUGUAUAUGAUUUUAGCGGCUCAGCUCCUCCUCACCACAGCCAUCGUUGCUGUUUUCACAUUUGUCCAGCCUGUCAGAUACUUCGUGCAGAGAAACCAAGCCAUCUACUGGGCGUCAUAUGCAGUGUAUUUCAUCACCCACAUGGUGCUGGUCUGCUGUAAGGGGCCCAGGAGGAAACAUCCAUGGAACAUUAUUCUGCUGUUCAUCUUUACUCUGGCUUUGUCCUACAUGACAGGAUCCAUUUCCAGUUUCUAUGACACAAAAGCAGUGUUCCUUGCUCUGGGCAUCACCGCUGUCGUCUGCAUCGCUGUCACCGUCUUUUGCUUCCAGACAAAGGUGGACUUCACUAAGUGUCAGGGCCUUUUCUGUGUCCUGGGGAUCGUAGUUUUUGUGACUGGCAUCAUUUCUGCCAUUGUGCUAUCCUUCAAAUAUAUUCUGUGGCUUCACAUGCUUUAUGCAGCCAUAGGAGCCAUAGCCUUCACCUUGUUCCUGGCGUACCACACACAGCUACUGAUAGGAAACAGGAAACACUCUAUCAGUCCAGAGGAGUACGUCUUUGCGGCGCUGUCUAUCUACGUCGACAUCGUCCAGAUCUUCCUCUUCCUGCUGCAGAUCAUUGGAGCUUCAACCAAAUAAAGCCACCAAAGUGACCGCAAUGACCUGAGGUCGAUGGGCACAGAAUCGUUCCCUGUUUUUAAAAGCUUCGCUUUGUUUGGGGUCAGAAUCAGAAUACAUUUAUAAGCACUCCAGGUUAAUAUCUAAGGGCUGAAGGAUAUUCUGUCAGAGUGUAGGUCAAUCCUAUGCACAAACCAAUGCACUUUUUCUGAAGUCAAUAUUUGUCUAUAUCUGCAUUUGCAGCUUACCAGUGGUUAUUAAGGAAUAUUACUAAUGCUAUAAUAUACAUAAUGCUAAUAUCUAUCAUCACUGGAACGUAGCAUUUAUUCACUCUGAAAGUGUCUGAACAUUUUCUUCUGCAUGUAAACAUACUGAAACAUAAACCAGGUCCUGUAUUCAUGUUGAACAUGUGAGCAGUUCUGUUCACUCUGGUGCAAAAUUUACCAGUAGGGUCGGGUGGGCUCUAAAACUAUGAGUGGUUUACAUUACCAGGGCUAAUCGAGAUAUCCAUACUGGUGGAUUUUUUUAAUUCUAUUUUUUACAAGCUGCUUGUGUUCUGUCACUUCAGAGCGUGGAAAUGUUUGAUUUAUUAGAGCAAGAAUCUUUAAUAUUUGUCUCUAUAUAUGAGGCAUUUCCUUUAAAUUUUAAUUGGUGGUUUCUUAAAGAAAUACAGUGCUGUGCAAAAGCCUCAGGCCAUUAUUUGUAGUUGUUGUUUUAUCUGUUUUAUUUUAGGUCAUUCUGCUGUCUGAAUGGUUUUAUUAAUGGGCAUGACAACAAAAAUUGAAUGGAGAUUGUGUGGACAAAGAAAGAAAGAAAAGAAAGAUGGCUUCAAGAUUACAGAAUAAAACUAAAAGAGUCAAUCUAAAACAGUUCAGGAUGUGGUAAAUGCAAAGGGAAGCCACACUUGAGUACUGAAUUUUCUGCUAAAGAUUGUCCUUUUUAAUUUUGUUAAAUAUUUCCUAUACUGAUAAUUGUAUCUUAUAUGCAGAUUAUUGUAUUGUAUUGUAGAGCAAUUGCUUAAUAUAAAUACACAAAACAAAGCAAAUAGUGCCUAGAGACCUGCACAAUACUGUAGUUGUACACUACAAUUUUUUCACAGUAUAUCGGUCAAACAUAGCAAGAAAAAGCGUGAUUCUCUGUAUGUUAUACUAGUUGGUUAUAAAUAUAUCAACUCCAAUAUUAUGCAUGUUUUCAAGAAAAACUUGGUUAGUUUUGGAAAAUAGUUCUAUAUUCAAAACCCAACGUUGUGUAAUGAAGAGUGUUAAUGUGGCUAAACCCUGAUGGUAUUUAUGAUUGUCUGUAUACCCAAACAAAAUGUGUAUUAUUCUUUAGUUACUGCUCUGCCCACCCCUGAUAUACCGCUCAGCCUCAGAUCUGUCAGGUGUUCAUCUAAAGCCUUUACUUAUAGUCUUAAUUAGAAGUGUUGCUAUGGUAACCAUAUACAUCCUCAAUCACUUCGGUGCCUUCUUAAUGUUCCUGGGAAUUUUUUACUUUAUUACAGGUGCAGUACUUCUUUAGCUUUUAUAUUAUUGUUACAAACCGUUUUCAUGUGUUUCAGUCACAUUUAGGUCAAAACUGUCAGCAGGAUGAAGUUUUUUUCCAAACAGGAUAUCACGGUAAACUCUGGGAUCAAAUUAAUGGAACAUUCCUGAAUGUCAGAGUUUUUUAAGCUGAAGUGGAGCUGCCCGACAGCUUCACACAACCGUUCCUCAAUACAUGUUCAUAUUUAAGUUACAAAAACGUCAAACAACAAAGGCAAACACUUUGAAUGUGCAGUGACGAUGAUCAGUGUGUAAAUACACAUAUCAAUGAUGAGGACGAUCUGUUUGCCUUUUAUAUCAAAUAAAGAUUUGUAUUUGUGAGUUUA